AUGACGUCGGAACGAGCCAUCCCCCAUCUCCGAGACAUCUUCGGUCUCAACCAGCAAUACGACACGAAGAGCUUCGACGACAACGAUGACAAAGGCAAGAAAAACAAGAAAAAGAAAGAGGACUACCGCGCUUACGGUAACGGCGACGUGAAAACCCUAGAAAGACACCUCAGCAUGAAGAAGACGAUACGAAAGAAGAUCAUGCGAGACCUCCAGCAGGCGUUCGUUGAAGACCCUAACGAGUUUAAGGUCGAGAAUACGAGCCCUGAGAAAUUGAAGGCAGAGCUAAGCGCUGAGGCAGUGAAGAUUGAGAAGAACGUGCGGAAGAACGACCCCACGUUCUUGGAUAUGUUGCGGGGCGAAACGAGAACGGAGGAGACCAGGGAGGAACAGCCACCCGCUGAAAAGACAAGCUUCUGGCGGCGUCUCACCAUGAAGAACAAGAAUAAGAGAUAA